UUUGUUUAUGUUGUACUUACAUGAUGACUAUGAAUUAUAUCUCUAGCUAAGAGACCUUUUCCUUAUUUGAUGGAAUUCCUUAUGAUAAUCUUCAAUACAGGCAAUUCUGUAAUAUUCAAUUUUGAUAAUGUAGAAUAUUAACAAAACAUUUGCAUAGAUAUAUUAUUAAAUAUGUUUGUACAGCCUUUGAUGUAUUGUUAGGAUUCCUUUUGCCAUUGAGUAAAGGCAUACAGUUCAAAGCUGUUCAAAGUUCAAACGAUCUCAGAUAACCUCCAAUCUAUUCAAACUCAUCAAUAAGAGGUCCAAAAUAGUGUAGGAGAGCUAUUCCCAUAAUUUAAUUAGGAUACAUCGAAGUCAAAGUCAACACUCGGUCAACUCAAAAGUCAAACCCUCAGGCCAACAAGGUUAAUUUCAGAAACAAAUUAUAUAGACGCGUUAACACAUAUAUCCUUAAAAAGCAUCAGUUAAAAUAUGAUUUACAUACAUUUGUAGCCUGUAGGUAUGUUCAUGUAUACAAAACCAUUUCAUACUAUAGAUUUAAGAAUUUUACAGGACAAUUCCCUUUUUUCUUGGAGAUGCAAUAUGAGGGACAGUGGUAACAUCUCUCAGUACAGAAGUAGACUGGACCAGACGCUAUCAUGUCAUGAUCUUGUCGAUGAUGAUAUGCUUAAGACCCUCGUCAAGAAUCAAAUCCUACGUUCAUCAGGAUCUGAUUUUCACGAAUGUAGUGAAAAUCUAGUAGAUAGAAGAACCAAGGAAGUGGCAAACUUCCUGAGCAUGUUGAGGAGUGCAUCAGUAACUGAUUCCGAGGCAUCAAAUGGUGGUUGGAAAGUAAAACAGGAUACUGAGGAGAUCCGUGUUAUGUAUCGAGAGGGACCAGAAGGCACGCCCUAUCACACCCUCCUAGCUGAAGGCUAUGUGGAUGGUCCAAUAGAUGUUUGUUUAUGCAUCUCAUGGGAGGCAGAACUCUUUAAGAAGUGGUGGCCACAAACUACAAUUCCAACUUUUAAGAUCGCGGAAUCCGUGUGCUUGCAAAAGAUCAGAACUGGUGAACAAAUAUGCUUAGUAAGGAUGAAGCUUUCAAGGCCUUUGUCAGCAAGGGAAGCUGUAGUACAUUUAUUUGCAUUUGAAUAUUUUCAAGAUGGUCUUAUUGUAGUGGUUGCCAAUUCGAUCUCUGACGUAGAUAACAUUGAUACAAGUACUCAUGGAUAUUCCAAAGAUAGGAUACCCAAUGCGCAGGAUGUAGUACGGGUUGAUCUUGUGGGAGGUUUUGCUCUACAGAAAGUAACAAAUAAUCGGAGCUACUUCAGGACAAUCGGUAAUUUGGAUAUUAAACUGGAUUUUAUUCCUCCAGCAUUAAUUAACUUCGUCUCAAGGCAGCUCGUAGGUGGCGGCUUCAAGCUUUAUAAAAAGGAAGUAGCUUCAGUUGCUAAAGGUGAUGAAGACUUCAGCAAGGCUCUGAAGGAUCCAAUGUAUGCUCGAAUACGUGAAGCUCUUUACUCCGAUAAAAUACCUAAUGGUGAUAUAGCUUUAGAAUUGCAAGACCUGAAGACAAAUGUAGUUCCUGUUGAUGAAGAAACUAGAACAUACAAUGAUGAAAAAUGUCCCGAGCAAAAGGUUCAUAGGGACAACUGUAUCACUAAUUUACCAGAACAGGAAAACUUUGAGGUCAGAGAUAAAAAUAUACAUGGUGAAAUCGAGGAGAUUGAAGUCGAAGCCAGUGAAAAAGUCGAACAUCUUUAUGAGGAUGACAGGAAAGUAUGUGAUUCUCCGGUCAAUCAACUUGUACAGAAGUCCACUGAGAACAAGAAUUUUGGUAUUAGCCCGGAGGUCAAACAAGCUUUAGGAACUUUAGAUGAGGCUAUUUCUAUCAUAAGGGAAUAUAGGUGUAAGCUGGAAACUAGGACAGUUCCUAACACUAAUGUAAUGUUAGUAGAUGCGGAGACAGACAGUCUACAAGAUUCAAAAUCAUCAGAAGCUGAUAAGGAUCGGAGAAAUAGCUCUUGUUCCAGGCGCAUAAGUUCUGGUUUGUGCAUAAGGGAAGCACACAAUAACAAGAUUGCUCCAGCAUCACCUGAUGUUUAUGCUACAAUUCCUGGUCAGGCACAUCACAUUGCUCUAUGCUCUUCGACAGAUCAAGCAAUGACAGGGAAAAUAAUGGAGAAUAUAUCAAAGGAUGAUAACAUGACGGCUGCUCAUGCAAAUGGAAUCCAUGAGAAGGAGCUCGGUGAAACUAAAACUAGAAAACUACCAAGAUAUUGCUGCUUCUAUUUUCUCUCUGGGCGGGUGGCUUAAGAGUGAUCAACAACCAGUGUUCUGUGCAAUUCAAUAUUUCUGGGUAACAUAGUCAGAUAUGAAAGUUUAUCUGAGCUCACGAGAAGUAUAAAUCUUUUUUUUUUCUGUACCUUCGAGAACAUCCGAUAAAAUUGGAUUAAUCUGAAAUUUCAUGUAUCAGUGUAUUGUGAAAAAAUGUAAAACAUAAUUCCUUGUUAUUCAAGCAGGAGCAGAUUGUGCAGGA